AUGCCGUGCUGCGGGGAAAGCGAUCCUCCCCAUGAGGCCAUCAGGGUCCUAUCCCAGCCCCAGCGCCACGGCUCGCACGGUUCGUCCAUUGGUUCGAUUUGGUUGCGGUGGGGGUUCCGGCCGGGGUCUGAAUGUCUCACCGGGGAGACGGGGAAUUUGAGCGCAGGGAGGAAACCCUGGAGGUGUGUCAGGUUAAUCGUCAUGCUGCUGCAUGCGCUCUUCAUCGGCGCCGUCUUCCUGCUCGAUCCGGCCCUCCGGAGCCAAAUCCGCCGGGAUCAGUGGUACAUGUGUUUAUAUGGAGGGCUGGUGUUGUUUACCUUGGCGCAAUACCUAUAUACAGCUAAUUCAUCACCGGGGUAUGUGGCUGAUAUGUUGAAAGCUGGAUCAGCGAUGCAUGCAACCUUCAUUAAUACAACGACAAUCUCAAAACAGGUCUGUUCCAAAAACGGGAGCUUAAAUUAUUUCAUGAGUCGCAGCAAAAUAGAGCAACACAACCCACAAUCUGCUACACCUUCGUCGCUUUUGCAAAUGAUGGAUCUGUAUCCUCCUGGAUCAUCCAGCAGGGAUUUGACCUGCUCUUACUGCCAUCUCGUUCAGCCACCACGAACCAAGCAUUGUCAUGAUUGUGAUAAGUGUGUUCUCCAAUUUGAUCAUCACUGUACAUGGCUUGGAACAUGCAUUGGCGUAAGGAAUCAUUGCCGUUUUUGGUGGUACAUAUUUGGACAAGCAAGUUUAGUUGUUUGGACUGUUGCUCUCUACAUCCAGUUCUUACAUGUGGAUAUGAACGGGUCCUGGUUGAAGGGUUUGACUGGCUUAACACUGUUGCUGCCGUUGAUAGUAAUCCUCAUAGUUUUGCUGAUCUUACUCAUGUUGCAUACUUACCUUGCUCUUACGAACCAAACGACAUAUGAAAUUGCCAGACGGAAGCGAAUAUCUUACCUAAGGGGAGUUCCUAGAAAGGUACAUCCUUUCAGCAAAGGUAUCUGUAGGAACCUCUAUGACCUCUGCCUCUCUAGACAGAAGGGAUAUGUUCUGGAAGCAGUACCCCCACUGGACGAACUAGAAGCCCGGGCUAGACCCUACACCUGCCGGGAUGUAAUCUGCUGCAGGUGCUGCUAG